GAUCAUCAGUCGGGAACAAAACUAGUCAUCCAUUAUAACAUAGUCGAUUGCAGGGAGUGCUUUCGAUUGGAACUCCAACGCAAGCUUUCUGGUUUCCUCAACUUCUUCAUCCUUGUAAGGAAAAAUUUUCUGGUGCCAACCGACAUAGCUCGAGUUUAUGCGAACAACUAUUCUUUCCACCCCAACAAAGCAGCCGAGCAAAUACUCCAUGAGCUCGCGGCUACUCCGGUAGCCGUUAAACCCAAAAAUCUCCACCACUUUGAGGCUCUCACGGCUACCUCCAGUGACGAGCGGCGGUUCUAUUCUUUCUUUAAAACAAUACCAAGGCCGGCGAUUUUCCAUCUUCAGUCGCAGCGUGUGCAAUUGAGGACAGCCAUUGAUCCAAGUAGGCAAACUGUCACAGUGGUCGAAAUCUUCGAUUGUCAUCAGCUUGAGGCGAGUGAACUCCGCCGCUUCCCAAACCGGGCUCGGACUGAUGUUCACGACGCAGGUGCUUCUUUUUACAGCCUUGAAAUGUAAAGUGGGUGAGGCAGGGGACAUUAUCAGCCUCCAGUGAUUCUAGAGACCCGCAUUUCAAGAACUCUAAUCGCUUCAACGCAAGUGAC